AUGACAAAGGAGUUUUGCGAAAAGGGCACAGAUGAUGAACCAGGAUGCCAAUCGAACUGUGACCAGCCGCGUCCGGGGAAAAAGGCUAGCGAGCAGAACAUAAUCAUCGGUUAUUAUGAAGCCUGGCGUCAUGACAGCAACUGUCAGGGCAUGGGCUUGAAAGAUAUUCCAGUCAAUUCGCUCACUCAUCUUUUCUUCUCAUUUGGGUAUAUUACCCCUGGCGAUUUCAAGAUCGCGGGGAUGGACGGUCUUCCUGACAAGUUAUUUUCCGACUUCACGUCACUUAAAAAGAAAAAUCCAGGUCUGAAAACAGUCAUUGCUCUUGGUGGCUGGACUUUCAACGAUCCAGGCCCAACACAAAAGGUUUUCAGUAACAUGGUCAGCACAAAAGAGAAUCGCGCCAAGUUUAUAGAUAACCUUUUCUCUUUCAUGCGACAAUAUGCCUUUGACGGCGUUGACUUUGACUGGGAGUAUCCGGGUGCUGACGACCGUGGUGGCAUCCCAGGAGACGGAAAGAACUUCGUGAAGUUCCUUAAGGAAUUGAAUGACGUGAACAAGAAGCAGCCCAUGCAUUAUUCUGUGUCAUUCACCGCACCAAGCAGUUACUGGUACCUUCGCCAUUUCGAUCUCAAGGCAGUGGAUUAUGUGGAUUUCGUAAAUAUGAUGACUUACGAUUUGCACGGUGUAUGGGACCGUGACAAUCCCAUCGGCAGUCACAUCUAUGGCCACUCCAAUAUUACCGAGAUGAGACUGGCCCUUGAUCUUCUUUGGCGUAACGACGUCCCUGCACACAAAGUCAACAUGGGUCUUGGUUUCUAUGGACGCAGCUUCCAGCUCCAAGAUCCAGCAUGCGACAAGCCUGGCUGUGUCUUCAAGGGAGGAGCCGCGAAGGGAGCCUGCAGCGGGGAGUCAGGUAUUCUCACCUACCGGGAGAUCAUGGCAAUGAUCAAGACAGACAAGCUUAAGCCUUUCCAUGACAAAACUGCCGGUGUCAAGUAUAUCACAUAUUCCGGCGACCAAUGGGUUUCAUAUGAUCAUACGGUAUCCUUGUUAGGCCUUGAAGGCGCUAACUGCUCCCAGGAUGAUGCGGAGACCUUCAAACAAAAGAAAGAACUCGCUAAGGAACUGGGACUUGGGGGCUACUUGAUAUGGGCGAUCGAUCAAGAUGACGAUGAUCUCAGUGCUCUCCAAGCUGUUAUUGCACCGAAACGCCUUGGUGACUUCAAGGAUAACGCGAAAGACAAGUCAUUGUAUGACGACGCGUACAUUCCGGAUUGCUAUGUGACAGGAUGCGACGGUAACUGUAAGGCCGGAUUUAUCAAGAUCACCGAACAGAAGUGCGGAAAGGAUGAUAAGAAGAGCAAGCUGUGCUGUCCCCUGGCGGGAGCUCCUAAUCCUGAUGACUGCACCUGGCGAGGAACGGCCCCGCUUUGCAAUGGCCAUUGCAAUGACGACGAGGUUCUGCUCCAAUUGAACAAGUGGGGGAGCGGACAUCACUGUAACGACGGUCACAAAGCGUAUUGCUGCAAGAGCCCUCUUGCCCAGGAGAACAAGUGCUACUGGCAAGGCAUAGCAUUUCAGACCUUCUCUGGGACCUUCCUGUCCGAUCUAGUCGACAUCGCCCAGAAGAUAUUUGACAUCAUAGGAAGGCGUACGCCCAUCGGGUUGUUGUUUGGAGACGAGCUCUCAGAGGUUUUAGAUGCAAUUGAGUUGGAUCUAAUGAAACUGUACUGCUGUCCUGAAGAAGAUGCCAAGAAGUGGAAGAAUUGCAAAUGGCACGGUGAACCAGGCAGCUGCUUCGACAACCACUGCGAUGCGAACUCUGAGGUGCAACUCACUGACAGCUACUACGGAGCUGGCGACACAUGUGGUGUGAAGUUGGAGCGUGCUCGCGUUUUCUGUUGCCAACCUGUCAAAGGAGAGCAUCUCUUCCUCCCUGUCCCUCUCGAGAACCUGUUCAAGGAUCCCCCAACGGGGGACAAUAUCGACACAGAUUUUGAUCUUAAUUUAGACGACGAAGAUGACAACCCCAGUGAUACAGCUUUUCAAUUCGUCGUUCUCACUUCUCCCGAAGAGCUCCAGGUGUCCAUCGACAAGCGUGAUGGGUCGCAUUGGGAAGUCUUUGGUUGUAAAGACGCCGUGACAGAGGGCGAGCACACGAUCCAAAUGGUGUGUACAGAUUUUUCAGAAACGAGUAACUGUUAUAAGAUUGGUCUUGGUCACGGUGUUCCUGGAACAAUUCUUCAAAUGCCUAAAGGCUGCGGCCCUGGCAAGUACGCCGUUGCCAAGUCAAUGGAGCCAGCAAAGCGGCAGAUGGUUCCCCGUCAUCUGGCGCAUCUUGGCUCCAGGGGUGUUGUUUACGACUUGACAUUCGACUAUGAUUUCUCGCGGGUUCCCCGCGACCUCGGCAACACGCAAAUGCGUGUGGACUUCAGCAAUCAAGAUAAUUAUUGGGAUGAAGUAGUUGCGGCGACGCCAUCCAAGAAGCGAAAGAGAUCACUAGAAGACGUCGGGGGCAAUCAUGUCAGAUGGCUCGAAGAAGAAUUCCGCGACGACUAUCAUUUCGGAGGACUUGACAAACGGGAACUCCAGGAGAGAUGGUUCGGGUCUACCGUGCUCGAGUGGCUGAAAAAGAUGGUUAAACCCGAGAUUAAGCGUGACUUUACACAUGAUGUCGACGAGACUUUCACUGCUGUAAUCGUCGACGAAACUUGGGAGUGCGAGAGGAACAAUGUCAAAUAUGACGGCCAUAUCUCAGCGAAAGCCCUAACGAAUAUGAGAGUCUCGACAUCUUUCGGCUUUACAAUGAUCGUCACGAGCCUAAUCGCACCUCUUGAUCUGAGCAAAUCUUAUCUCACGUUCUACAACGAAGGUGAAAUCACAGCGACCCUCACGCUCGAUGCCGUGGCAAGCAUUUCCUACAGCAAGGAGAAAACAAUUCUCACUCUUCCCUUUCCCGGAACGUCGUUUCGUAUCCCCGGAAUAGCAACCAUCGGCCCACAGAUUCACAUUUCCGGCGGUCUUGAUGCCCAGCUGUCUGUAGCAGCGAAAUUUGAGACCAAAAUAAGCAUCGCCAAAUGGGAAAUCAGGCAGACGCUCCCAGAUGGCGGUAUGGAUGAGUAUAAGCCGAAGGAAAUUGGGCCAGGUGACCCAGAUUUGGACAGAACGGGGGAUUUCAGUGGCAUCCAAAGGCCAGAAUUUUAUGCCGGCGUGGCCGUAGAAGGGGAUAUCACUGCGAAACUUAGUGCAGCAGCCGAAUUCGGUGUCAGAUUUGAUGAUAGAUGGAAGGUCGGAGGUGCCACAGUCGGGGUUGUGGGUGAAGGUAGCAUCCUGGUCAAAAUGGCCGCCGGAAUCAGCACCGAGGCCACAUGUCCCUUCACCUACGGCAUGCAAGUGGGCGCCAAGUUGUACGCACGAGCUGACGCAAGUAUCCUCAAAUGGCCUGAGACCACAUACGACAUAGUCGGUUGGGAGAAGGACAUUAUUAAAGGCGGCACAUGUCCUAAUCUGGGAGGGCUACCAACGGUGCAAGGCAGUAUGCCACUAGGCCUUCCGUGGAGUACCGAGGGCAACAUGACCUCGAAGGCACACCUAAAACACUCAGAGAAUGCCAGUCACCACAGCCUACAGAAGCGCGCUGCUGUUUAUGGCCCUAAAUUCCAUAUUCCUGUUGGAGACCUUUUCUGUCCGAAGGAUGAGGCGGGACCAGACUUUCCAGAGAACCGUAAUGACUGCCUUCAAAUUCCGGGCAUAUGGGAUAACGACAAGUAUCUCACGGACGGGGACGACUAUUAUAGCUUAACGUCGGGAGCCAGAGCAAGCUUGGAUACGCGUGGCGAAUUGGAAAAGCGUUCCAACACAAAGGAAUCUCUGCUUUGCGGCAAACUGUUGAUGAAGAGCACUUAUCCUACCGGCGGCGAAUUACCAAAUGCUCCGAUUUACGGUUUCGAGAAGAUAGAUUGCGAUGAUUAUAGUUUCGGGACGCCACUAACCUCCCGUGUAAAGGGUAUUCAGUAUGACACGGAGCACAUUCUUGAGUUCCAGCUUCCCGGAAAAUUCCUGGCGUAUCUCAACAAGACGAAAGGUUUGGCGUAUGAUCAUCCCGAUCCGAAUUGGAAAAACAGUCAGGGAAAGAGGGUAAAGGUCUCGUUUUGCACGUACUUCGAGGCGCUAUGGGAUAUUGACCCGAUUAAUAUCGGCGGAAGCAAGAGCACGCCGGUUGCUCACCUUGGAGGUUGUUAUCCGACAAAGACCCGCUACAGCAAUGAGCUUGUUGUCUUAGAGCAUCGGAUCAACAUCCCGUCCAAAGGAAAGGCUUGGGGUAGGGAAUCACAGAUCGUUGCGAGAGAAACUCUCAAAGACGGCGUCGAGAAACAACCCGACCAAGCUGUGAAGACCCUGCGCGAGCUCGUCGGUUCGGCUUUAUAUCACAAAGAUCCAACCAUCGCCGCCCACCUCAAGCGCCAAAAAGAGCGUGUAGGCAAGAUGUUCGGAUUAAUCGACAAGGAAUUGUCCAAACACCCACGCGUAGUCAACAAUGUGAAAUACACACCUUGGAAGCCACAGGGCCUGGAGAAAGAGUGGGAUAAAUUCAUGAAGAAGCAACACAUCUUAGCUUUCACCAAGACGACCAAGCCGGUCAUAGACUGGACUCCAAAGCUGAAGGACUUGUGGGCAAGCAAAGCAGCGAGAGACGCGGCGGAGCCCGAUCCAAACGAUAAUCAGAUGCAACAAGACGAGAAAAAGAAGAAAAGAGCAUUGAUUAAAAAAAUCGACGCUCUUGAUAAGGCGCGAUCAGCAUUCAAGCAAUGGAAUAGGCCAUUUUAAUUGGGAGUGGCUGAUGGACGAACACGAGGGUGUUGCUGUGUGUGGGUAACAUGUGGGUGCAGCA